UUAGUAUGUUAGCGUGAGCAGCGUCCUGCAGGAGCAAGUAAUGCUUGUAAAGUGUUUAUAGUUGUCUGUUCCUUUCCUCGUCUUACUCUUGGAUGUGUAUAAAAUGUCCGGGUUUCAGGAUAUCGCAGCUCUUCCCGCUGGAAUCCAGCAGCCAUUGGUGAGUAAAGAAGCCCCCCCUGAGCAGCAGGAGUGGAGCCAUAGUGUGGACCAAGAGGACCCUAACCCCCUGCAUAUAAAGGAGGAAGAGGAAGAACUGUGGAGUAGCCAGGAAGGAGAGCAGCCUUCAAGAUUGGACGAGGCUGAUGUCAUCAAGUUCACAUUCAGUCCUGUUUUUAUGAAGAGUGAAGAUGAUGAAGAGAAACCUCAGCCCUCACAGCUCCAUAAGGAAACAGGAGUUGAUGGUGAGGAUAGUGGAUCAGAAACAGAUGGAGACUCUGAACCAGAGAGACAUUUACAACCAGAGAUUGAGGUCAAAAUUGAGGAAUCCUCUGAUCCUGAGACUGAUGACAGUGAUGAGUGGAGGAACACUAGAGAACAUCAGUCAGAUUUAAAUUCUUUGGAAAACAUGAAAAACAAGAAACAAAAGACUGAUAAGAGAUCACAUAGCUGUUUGCAGUGUGAUAAAAUCUUUAAAAAGAAGAGUAGUCUGACUACACACAUGAGGACCCACACUGGGGAGAAACCCUUCAGCUGCCUUGACUGUGGUAAAAGAUUCAACUACAAAAGUUACCUGACUAUACACAUGAGGAUUCACACUGGAGAGAAACUAUUCAAUUGCACUGAGUGUGGUAAAAUAUUCAGUCGUAAGACAAAUAUGAUGAGGCACAUGAGAAUUCAUACUGGAGUGAAACCAUUCAGCUGCACUGAGUGUGGUAAAACAUUUAACUACAAAAGUUAUCUCACCAUGCACAUGAGUAUUCACACAGGAGAGAAGCUGUUUAGUUGCACUGAGUGUGGUAAAAUAUUUAACCAUAAGACAAAUCUGACCAGACACAUGAGAGUACACACAGGAGUGAAACCCUUCAGUUGCUCUGAGUGCAAUAAAAGAUUUAACGAUAAAGCAAAUUUGAACAAACAUAAGAUGAUUCAUUUAGAAGAGAAACCAUUUAGCUGUUCUGAGUGUGGUAAAAGAUUUAGCAAUAAAGCUUAUAUGACCAAACACAAGAUAAUUCAUUCAGGAGAAAAGACAUUUAUCUGCAGUGUUUGUCACAGAAGCUUCUUUCGUCAGUUUGAGCUGAAAAGACACAAGUGUGUUGCGGGUCAUAUUUCAGAGUCUCAUGAAAGCCAAACAAAUCUGCAAAUUGCUGUAGAAAGAAAAUCUGAUGGAGAAGACUAUAUAGGAUCAGAACAACCCAGGAGCCCAGAUCCAGAAAAGUAUUUACAACCGGAGACUGAGGUCAAGAUUGAAGACUCUUCUGAACUGAUGGUGGAUGACCGUGAUGGCUGGAAAAAUACCACAGAACACCAAUUAAUCUUAAACUCGGUGAAAAACACUAAAAAUGAAAGAUCAAAGUCAUACAAGAAGUGCCAUAGCUGCUCUUAUUGUGGUAAACUUUUCAGAAAUAACGGACAUUUGAGUCAACACAUGACAAUUCACACAGGAGAUAAACUAUUCAGUUGCUCUGUGUGUGGUAAAAGAUUUAAUGAUAAAGCAAAUAUGACUAAACACAAGAUGAUUCACACUGGAGAAAAACCCUUUAGCUGUCCUGAAUGUUUUAAAACAUUUAAUCAAAAGUCCAAUCUCAAAGUUCACAUGGCACAUCAUAGAGGAGAGAAACCCUUCAACUGCAAUAAUUGUGACCAAAGAUUCUCCUGGUAUUCUCAGCUUAAAAUACACAAGUGUGUUGGCAUGCAUGCUUCAGAACCUUAUGAAAACCAUACCAAAGGAAAAAAUGCAGAAGGCGGAGCUGGUGGAGAACCAGAACAAAUCAGAAACUUAGAUUCAGAGAAAAUUUGA